CUUAACAGAUUGUCGGUAUGUGAGAGGCGAGCUUCCUUCUUUCACAAAAAGACAUAAAAUGCAGAAAAAAUUGGAGACCAUCGAGGAGUUAAAACUGUGUUCUGAAAAAGCAACCACAGUACUCAACGAGACCAAACAGUACUUAGAAGAAAUGAAAGAUCAAGAAAUAAUGAGUGACGAAGCAAUUGCAAGUAUAAAUACGUCAACGACUGCGGAAGAGAUAAAACGCGCCUUGAACAAAAGACCAACCGUAGUUUUUAUUGGAAAUCGAAACUGCGGAAAAAGUGCUGUUUUGAACGAGAUUUUGGGUGGAUCUUACCUUCCCGUGCACGAAACACCGUGCACUUCGCGUAUUGUCAAGAUCAGCUACACCCCGGGUAAAAACACAGUCAGAGUUGUCGACAAAAGUGGGCAAGUAGCUAAAUCGUCGAUUACGAUCGGCAAGAGAGUUCCUCAAGGUUAUGUAGUGGUUUGCGAUGAGGGCAGGGAGAAGUCAGAUCAGCUAAAGUGCAGUGUCGAAAUUGCCUUGAAUCAUCCAUUUCUAGAAAGUGGCAUAGAAUUAAUCGACUCACCGGGCAGGAAUGAAAAUGACGCUCUAGAUGAAGUGAUAGAUGACUUCUUUGAGAAAGAAACCACUCCUUUUGUGGUGUAUAUCAUCGAUGGAAACGAGCAUUUGAGGUCAUCAGUAAGUAUAAGCUUCACUGUUGAGUCAAUAAAUCCAAUUUAUAUGCCCGUUUAUCUCGAGUGAAGUAAGUAUGCAAAUGACGAUAUGUCGAGGUCUAAGUAAUUAUCAUAUUUUCGGAUUGUUUAAAGACCCAGGCGGAAUGUACAAUAAGAUGGGCGAGAAGCUGUCAAUUCUGUUUUUUAGGUUGUUUAAAACAACUGAUCUGAGUUGUCGAAAAAACAAGAAAUUAAAUCAUCAAUAACACGGCUAAGGAACGCGGUUAUCUCAAAAAGCAAACUUAAAAAAAAUCGUGACUUCCGGGUGCUUCAUGGUACUUGCCUGGUCACAUCUGGAUACUGAAGAAAAAAAUACGUGGCGAUGUUCUUACCACAGUUGACGUUCUCAUCUGUGACCCAUUCUUCUCAUAGACAUUAUUCAGUAAUGAAAAAUGCCUCGAAGCUGUGACCACUGUGGUAUAUAUUGACAGUCAUAAAGGGAGUAUUUAACAAGAUUUAGGUGCUCCCUGAGGAGCCAGGCAGCCAGGGUUAGAAAUGUUUAAGAUGAAACUUGCGUUCGUUAUGGGGCUGGCAAAAUUUUACUUAUAACUAAUGCUUGAUAAUUUGAAAAUGGAGAAGGGUUUAAGCCCUGGAUAUUACUCCAAGAACGCAGGAUGCAAUUCGGAUAAUUGGAAUUGAAUCAAACCCAUAGAGGAAACCAAUCUGGUCCUGGCUCAAGCUUUGUCUGACCCCUGAAAAAUGCCAUCGUAAUCAUCAAACAGCUAAUAAAGAACAUUUAUAGUAGUUUUAGUUACAAUGAUGAAGUUGUCAUCGAAUGCUUUUUUCUGCUUCGCUUCUUUUAUUUCUUAACGCACAGCCCGUGCCCUAGGUAGUACUAUUAAUGUUUUGUUCUAAAAAUACUAAGCGAUACCAAUAUACACACCUGAACGACACGAAGACUUCCUUGCAUCCCUUACUCGGGGAUAGGAGUUCGACUUGUGGGUACCCCUGAUACAAUCGUUGUACUAGCCCCCGGUAUAAUAUCUCUUUUUCAUACCUUUUUCCAAGUUUACGACUAAACGGGUCUACACAAUUUAUUUCUUUCAGGAUCUUGACACAAUCCGUUUCUUGCAAGAUAAAUAUCCGCAUUUGUCAUUUAUGUUCGUCUGCAACAAGGUAGACACGUCUGCCGAGACAAAAACGUUCGACAGCGGAAGCGGGGACGACCUCGAUUCCGACGACGAAGAAACACGAAUGAGACCGGAUGAGGAAACUAGCGAAACCAAGGGAACCACUGUCUUUUCCCAGCUGAAGGAACACGGUCUCCUAGUUGACAGUGACAAGGGAUCCCGCUUUUUCGGAAUUUCAGCGAAAGACACUCGAAGAGACAGAAGAGAACAUAGGAAUAACAGCAAGGCGAGAGAGGCCUUUGCAGAAUUUGAAGACGGGCUGUUGGCUUUUCUAAGCGAAAAUAUCAGGAGCCGGAGUAUACAUGCCGUGGAGAAGCUCCUUGUCUUACAGAUAAGCAUUUUCCAGGCUAUGAGGAGAAGAACAAGCAACAAUCUUCCAGGAACCUUAUCUGCAAUCUCUUUGGAAUUAGACAAGGCCACAAGUAUAGGAAAAUCUUUGCAUGACAAACUGAUGUCAACUAUUGCAAACAAAGACCCGAUGGGAAAGCUUGUAAAUGGCAGCCUACAGAGUCUUCGUGAAAGAUUUAUGUCAGUUGCAGAUCAGUAUCAGCUUUGUUCUAAGAUGCAGAACACAGAAAAGGAAUUAAAGGCACGCACUUUCUUCUUCAAAAAUCUGGUCAAGAUGAAUCACUGCAAGCACCAGCUCCCAUUCAGUCCAAAAAAGGAGGACAUUCCUUUUCUUCGAUUCUUAAUAACCAUUUAUGGAGGGAUACAGGACUGGACUUUCAAUGUUUUACGAUGCUCUCUUAACAAGUUCAUGAGGAAGGCAAAGGUCCCUGUUGAGAUGCACACAAAAAUGAUCGAUAAUCUGGUCAUUCGCCAAGCAUUUCAUUUACAUUAUGGGCAUUGGCCAAAAAGGAACAGUUUACUCAGUGGGGUUGAUUUCAUCUACACGUUUGCCAGCAAGAAGUUAAGAGAGGCCGUCACAAAGCUUCUCAUUGAAGGAUUAUUUCACGCAAUGAAAUGGAAAUCCUCCGAAGCCAACUUCAUAUUAGGGGAUGAGCAAACCAGAAGAAAAAUCAUCGAGCUAAUUCUUUCCAAAUUCAAUCGCCAGCUAAUUACUGAGUCACUAUGCAAAGCCUGUGCAGAUUGCCUCGAAAUGAUUCAUAGUGACUUGCUUAAGGUCAUCAAGAACAACCGCGUCACAAACGAUGUUUUUUUAGCCGACGUCUCCCAAAAACUGGAGGAAAUAGCGGCUCUGUACAUUCCCAAAAUGAGUCUCCUAACAGUUCAAACCUUCGCCCUUAACUUUCGGGUAGCCAUAGGUCCAAUUACACUUGGUCCGGUUCUAAAACCCACAAAACACGGCCAACUUCAUGACUGCUGUGGCUGGGCGAAUAUGACACAUCCAGAAGCAAGCGUUGCGAAGGUUAUCGAACGCGGAAAGGUGAAGCCGGAGAUCUGGUCUCAGACCUCAGUGGACCUUUUCGACACCAUGUAAGUAGGGUUGGCACAAGCUUGGUGUGGUGCAGUGUACGUUCCUCGUUCAGUUUGGCUCAGGCUGGAGCUGAUCCUUCAGCUCCGAUCUGAGAAUUACGUUCCAGCCACAAACCCAGCCCUGAUCAAUCUUUUAGGCUAGUCAUAAACUUCUUUUUGAGAGGCAUUCUCACAACAAAAAAGUGGCAAAUUUGCUACCGAACCUACGCAGUUUUAGUCGCAAACAAAAGCUAUAGGUAGGUGUAGGAGGUCGUGAAGUGACGAACAACGGCCGGUUAAUCCCUAGUGCGAUUAUGACUGCAAAGCAAGCUUUCUUUAAUACUUUUGCCAGUUUUCUUUUCAAGUAAAGCGACAUAUAAUCUGUACAACUGAACGCUCCACAAAAAUGAUACUGACAACCUUUCGUUCUGUUUAUUUCGCGAUGUAGGGAAGUCCAGGCAAGGUUAGAAGAACCUCACAGUAACCUUCUCUAUCUGCAUGGUUGGCUCUUCCCUGAACCUGGAGUUAUUAACGUAAUAAUGGAAAGGGCGGAUUCAGAUGUGACCACCGCCCUUAAACAGGGGCUUUCUUUGAAGGCACGCCUAAAGAUUGCAGAGGACGUGGCAAACGGAUUGGUGGCUCUUCACGGAGUGAGCUAUGUCCAUCAAGACAUUAAAGUCGAUUCCAUCCUGGUAAGUAUCCAGGGCAUCGGAAGCAUUUCACGGGCUACUAACGAAUGAUAGACAUUCAAGAAAGAAUAAAACAAUUCCAGUAUAUUACUUUAUAAUCCUUUGGUAGCUUACAACGGUAAAGGAGUUUGGCACUGCCUCUCCAUAUAACCUGAGAACUUGCAUGUGUAAACAACAGACAAAACGAAGAAAGAGAGAAAGCGACAACAAUUGAAAGUCAUGUACAAUCACGGCUGAAGAAAGCGAGCCUCUGAAAAUUAGCGGAAGACUAAAUUAGACAACAUCCUAAAGUAUCAUUUUCGAACUGCAGAAAUGAAAGCAAAGAUAUAUAGUAAAAGACUGCUAAAUUCAAAUGUAGCGAGGAUUAUCAGCUAUGGAACUAUACACGGACAGGCGGACGAACUCUUUCGAAUGACGCUACGUUAACAAUUUACCCACUGGCCAAAACCUAGAAUGAGACAAGGCACGCAACCACAAGAAAAUACUGCACUUAAGCUUAAUUGUACAGAAUUUUAUACCACCAGUGUGACGAGGCAUUCUUUUAUGCAUACACGCAUUGACAUUUGCGAUGAAAUCAAUAAAACGAAUGCUGGAAUUUCAAGGUAAUACUGCUGUACUACAAAAAGAAAAGAAUUGCUAAUAAUUAACGCCAACUGAUAUUUAUUAUCCUGUUGAUUUCGGCAGUUAAACCGAAAUGGCACAGCUAAGAUUAACAUGGCCAAAACUAAGAAGCCUUUCGAGCAAACACAGCAGGGAACGCCCUUUCACAUCUCCUUAGAGAUGUACAGAAACCAUAGUAAAAGCUUGGAAAGCGAUCGCUCGUACGACAUCUAUGCCUUUGGAACCUUGCUGUGGGUGCUUUGCGAGGGGUCUGGGAACCAUCGUCCCAAGGCCUAUGAGAGAUACAACACUAUCGCGGCAAUGAAGGUGGCAGCUGAAAAGGAAAUAUAUCCCGAACGUCCUAAAGACUCCAGCGAUGCCUGCUGGGAAUUGAUGACAAAGUGCUGGCGCCAAAGGUGCGUUUUAACAGCAGUGGAGAUUUUGGAAGGCAUGAAGAAAAUUCUUCAAAAUAUGUACUGAAUUCAUGAGUUAAAAUAGAACUGUAAACUAACAAUUUAUACCUAGCCGAUUUUUUGAAAACGAAACUAACGAAAUGUGCAGCGAUUUGAAUAAAAAAGGGCUAAAAGGCAGACUUUUUGCGCUCAAUAAGUUCGAAAAUACACUUAGCGAAGGAAAAGGAAAAGAGAAAAAGAAACAGAAAGGAGGAAGAAUGGAGGAAGAAAAGAAAAAGUAAUGGUUGCACUCUUAGGUUUUAUAUUGGCUACUUUAGAGAAAAAGACUUCUUGACGGAAGAGGUCUGUUCGGUAGUAACGUUUUCAAAAGUCUGGUUGGAUAUAUCUCCUCGCAAUAAUGUGUCGUAGUUAUUACACACUGCGAAAACAAGUUAAGCCUGUAGCUGUGAAAUGACGCAAAUAUUUAAUAGCAAGUUCUUACGUAGGAAAAGGCGUCCAAUAUCACAAUUCACAUCCUGCAAGAAGGGAACGGGGCAGUGUGAUCAGGGGACUGAGAAUGCCAGUCUCGAAAUGUGGACCACAACCCAGGUUUAAAUCCCGCUCUUAUUUGCUUCUCGGGUCGUCCCUACACCACGAUUUUAAAUAUGGAGCCAACUGGUUGCUCAGGCCAGUUUCGUUUUUUAAUCCUUUGUACAUAGAUAAAUAAGUUCUUGAUUUGGAUGGGUUGAUACUAAUUCUUUAUGCGGUGCCUGUAAACUAUAGCUUUACUGAGCAACCAACAGCAUCUUUACUAGCCCACUAUGAACUAAGCAUUUACAUAGUUUUAUAGAAAGUCAUAAGGUUCAAGGGGGUGUCCAGAAUUUAAAGUUUUCUUGAUUUAAAGAUUAGGUGAACCCCUUCUAAGAAUUGUUUCAUUGUUAGUGUACAGAAAGGACCAUACCAAGGGUCUAAAUCAUGAAAAACAAUUAGCAUUUACUUUGACGUUUGUAAAAACUUUAUCUUCAAAUUGAUCGUUUCAACGCAUCAGGUUUCUAUAGGAACUUCUAUCAACUCAAACAGGGACAUCCCUGAGGGCUUCAUUCCAGGACCCCAUACCUAUAAGUAGAACAACUCCUCAUAAAGGUACGCGAACAUUUUUUUUAGAUUCAUUAAAUCAACUGACUCUGCGCACUCAGUGUGAUAAGCUAGAACCCAUCGCGCAACUUGGAAAAAAAAAACAUCAUUCUUUUACAAGAACUUGUCAGUUUAUUUCGGACAUAAUGUAAUCUUUAGUUGGCAGUGAGAUGUUUGAAGUGUAGGGUAAAUCAGUGCUGCUCUGAGAAUGUAGAGCGAUAAAACUAGCAAAAACAUCCCCCGUAUAACCAAAAGCCAUGAUUAGCCUCGUUUGGUUUCAAAUUAUAUCCCAGGGAUUACA